AGUCCCGUGUGAGUUUUUGGUUAGAAAAGUCAUAAUAAAUUAACAACUGGCCAACAUGCACUAAUGUGAUGUGUUCCGUCGAAAAGUAACAUCAAUACUCAUAAACGUGAAAAAAAUGAAAUUUAGGGACAAAAUGACUUUUUUUAAAAUUAUGAGGAUUGAUGCCGCUCUACUUGGGAUACAUGGUAGGGUACAUGCACUAAUGUGAUGUGUUCCGUCGAAAAGUAACAUCAAUCCUCAUAAACGUCAAAAAAUGAAAUUUUGGGACGAAAAUGACUUUUUUUUAAAUUAUGACGAUUGAUGCCGCUCUACUUGGGAUACAUUGUAGGGUACAUGCACUAAUGUGAUGUGUUCAGUCGAAAAGUAACAUCAAUCCUCAUAAACGUUGAAAAAAUGAAAUUUAGGGACGAAAAUGACUUUUUUUAAAAUUAUGAGGAUUGAUGCCGCUCUACUUGGGAUACAUGGUAGGGUACCUGCACUUAUGUGAUGUGUUCCGUCGAAAAGUAACAUCAAUCCUCAUAAAAGUGAAAAAAAUGAAAUUUAGGGACGAAAAUGACUUUUUUUAAAAUUAUGAGGAUUGAUGCCGCUCUACUUGGGAUACAUGGUAGGGUACAUGCAUCAAUCCUCAUAAACGUGAAAAAAAUUAGUUUAGGGGGAUGGUUUGUAUUUUUAUUGUCUUUUGUUUAAUGAGCUGAAGAUAUUGAGCAAUACUGUUUAUCCUCGAAUUAAUUUAUUUCUCUGUUCGAGUUGGGACACAUAAAUAUACUUAUAGUAAUGGCAGUGGCGGCUUGUGUAUUGGGGCUAGUGGGGCUCAGCCCUACCAAAGAUUUCCAAAAAUAAGCUUUAGAUUAACAUUUAUAAAUAUUUUAAACGUAAAUAAAAUCAACGUCCAUAAUUAAUUUAGCACUGUUCACUAAUUUUGUUGUUUCGAGUUUCACUGUUUGUCCAUUCUCUAGUUUGUUUAGGUCCCACUGCCCGGGGUUCUUUCGAAAACUGAAUAAACACGCGUAUCAGAAAACAUCUCCCGAGCUUUUGGGGCUAGCCCCAAACUAGCCGAGAAUGCACCAAUCAAAUGCCUCUCAUGACUCGACUUUUCAAUUGAUGACUGCUUCUGAUUGGCCAAUUCUGCUCGAAUCUGCAUUCCUUUGGGGCUAGUUGAAACUAGCCCCAAAUAAUUCAAUUCAACCGUAGCUGAAUUUUUGUUGUUGUGAUGUGAUAGGCAAUGUUGAUCUGUGGAGCGCAGCAGAGUGGCGUGUAUUCGAUGACUCGCAUUUUUAGCUUCAAAACUUUGAAAUAAAGCAUACAAGUUAGAUCUUUAUCAGAAUAAAUUUUGCCGACCUUGAAAUAAGCUCAUAAUGGGAAGGCUAGGCAGUAGGCCUUCUAAUCUUUAAUGGCAUAAAGCAUAUUUCCAAUGCAGGCUUUCAACUGGAACAAUUUUAGCUUCACGGCAUAUGAAAAUUAAUCAAUUAACAGUUUGAGCUUUUUAUUCUUUAAAAUUUUUUUAAUUGCAAUGAUAUGCAAUGCAAAGGAUAUCGUCUACGGGUUGGCCAUAUUGAAGUUGUCUAUGUUUUUAUGGACAUCCUCCGCGAACUCCCCUUUUUGUGAAGAGAGAAACGGUCCAGCGGACUUGAAUAAAUAAAGUUGCGCACACCAACAUUUCACAUAGUUUAUUACUUUGCUUAUUAAAAAUUUAUACAUGAUUAAUAGUGGCACUUGUUUUUUUUCAAUCAAAACUUUCAAAAUGAUGACAGCCUUGUUGAUUAGAGGUAGUAAAGAAUGGAAAGGCCUUUUAUUAUUUUUGGCGUUCCGUGUCUAUGGCAUAGAGUUCUUAACUCUAUGGCUAUGGCUUCAGAUUUCGAAUAUUACGUCAUCAGCCCCACCAAAAAUUUACCCCACGAGCCGCCACUGAGUAAUGGGGAACAUAAAUAUACUUAUACGGGUGAGGGCUCAUAAAUAUAUAGGAAAAAUCAAGAAGACAUUUUUAAAAGACAACAUAUGUUCUAGUAGGAAUUAAUUUAUUAACAUUUAGUUAAUUAUUACCAAAAUUAUGAAUUUUUGUGGUAAUUCAAUAAAACACCAAAAGAAGCAGCAGCGGGGGCUUUUUCCCAAGGAUUCCCAAAUACCACGGAAGGUGUGAAUUGAUAGUUAAACAAUGUUGGACAUAAUUUUAGAUCACAACAGCCUGGAAGAUGAAUUUGACUCUGUUAAGGAUAAAAAUUCAAUGGAAUGUGUGAAUUGAUAGUUAAACAAUGUAGGACAUAAUUUUAGAUCACAACAGCCUGGGAGAUGAGUUUGACUCUGUUGUGGAUAAAAAUUCAAUGGAAGGUGUGAAUUGAUAGUUAAACAAUGUAGGACAUAAUUUUAGAUCACAACAGCCUGGGAGAUGAAUUUGACUCUGUUGUGGAUAAAAAUUCAAUGGAAGGUGUGAAUUGAUAGUUAAUCAAUGUAGGACAUAAUUUUAGAUCACGACAGCCUGGGAGAUGAAUUUGACUCUGUUGUGGAUAAAAAUUCAAUGGAAGGUGUGAAUUGAUAGUUAAUCAAUGUAGGACAUAAUUUUAGAUCACGACAGCCUGGGAGAUGAAUUUGACUCUGUUGUUGAUAAAAAUUCAAUGGAAGGUGUGAAUUGAUAGUUAAUCAAUGUAGGACAUAAUUUUAGAUCACAACAGCCUGGGAGAUGAAUUUGACUCUGUUGUGGAUAAAAAUUCAAUGGAAGGUGUGAAUUGAUAGUUAAUCAAUGUAGGACAUAAUUUUAGAUCACAACAGCCUGGGAGAUUAAUUUGACUCUGUUGUGGAUAAAAAUUCAAUGAAAGGUGUGAAUUGAUAGUUAAUCAAUGUAGGACAUAAUUUUAGAUCACAAAAGCCUGGGAGAUGAAUUUGACUCUGUUGUUGAUAAAAAUUCAAUGGAAGGUGUGAAUUGAUAGUUAAUCAAUGUAGGACAUAAUUUUAGAUCACAACAGCCUGGGAGAUUAAUUUGACUCUGUUGUGGAUAAAAAUUCAAUGAAAGGUGUGAAUUGAUAGUUAAUCAAUGUAGGACAUAAUUUUAGAUCACAAAAGCCUGGGAGAUGAAUUUAACUCUGUUGUUGAUAAAAAUUCAAUGGAAGGUGUGAAUUGAUAGUUUAUCAAUGUAGGACAUAAUUUCAGAUUGACAAUGAUUACUACUUUAUAAGAGGAGGGGACUUGGCAGAAGUCAGUAUUUGAAAAUAUCUUUCUGUUAUCCGACAUGGAAGAGACUAAAUUAUCAGGACCAUCUGUAAGCAAAUCUAGGUUAGAGGAGGCACUGAAGCCAUACUGGGAAGAUGGUAUGACUGAUCUCAGUUCGGAGGAGGGGAAAAGGAUUGCUGCUGUUGCCCUCAAAGAAAAUGAGUGGAUAUCAAGGAAACAAUUGAAGACUUGGAUCAGUAACUAUAAAAAAAAGCUCAGUGGCAAAAAACAGAUGAAAACAAAGCCAAGCAAAAUAAAUUUGAAAACAAGAAAGAGGUCUGCUAAAGAUAUGUUUCAAGAGGAAUAUUUAAGAGAGAACAAAGGGAAGUUGACUGGAAUUGGAUGUAAGUGGGAAAAAGUUAAAGAGGAUAUGACACGAAAAUGCAAAAUUCUAUUAUAGAUCAAAUCCUUGAUGCUGAUUUCAAAAAUUAAAUCGAAAAAUGCUAAUUCAUUAUAGAUUUCCUGAAAUUAAGGGAUUUAGCCAUGAAAUUUUGUGAAAUUCAUGUCCCAGAGGACUGGGUCGGGUUUUGAGGACGUACGCCCGGACGUGACGUCAGGUGUUGGACAUAUUGUCGAGGGUAAAGGUUUGAAAGCAAGUACGGUGUAUCGAUUAUUGUGAAGGCACAAUUUAUAAUUAUGUCUACAAGCGAAUCAGGCUCUUCUAUGACAUCGGAUCAUUCUGCAAGUGAUGAAGAACUAUAUGGAGCUUAUGGCGGAGAUUAUCUGCCCUACUUAAACGAGCCUUUGGCUAGUACUGACGAAGAAGGCGAUGAUGGGCCUAGGCCUAAUGACGGAGAACAACCGAGGUGAAGAUGGGAUAUCUCCAGCAACUUUUCGCGAAAGACAGACGGGGAAUCUAAGUGUAGAUCAAUGGUGAGUGGUUUUUGUUUUCGCUGUUUUUUAAAUAGUUGAAAUUAUCCAACCUUUCAUGUCGGUACAACGAUACAACUGCAGCUCUUUUUAAAGUGUGUGUGCGGCAAAUGCUCAGCAGCGAACUUGAAAAGUGCCAGAGAGUACCGUUGCUGCCAUGAAGUGGCACCUGCUUAUGGAAAAGUCGUUUUUAACGGCCAAUCCGAUGAAAUAAAGUGUGUGACCCUUCAUGAAGACUACAGGGCUUUUACAAAUAUAAAUGUCCUUAGAAACGUUGGUCCAUUGCUUCGGAAAAUAGAUGGAAAGCCCUACAAGAAAAGGGCAAAUGUAACAAAAAAUGAGAAUCUUUGUGCAGUUUCUUAUCGCUGGUUAGCACGCUGGAUAUUUGGAUAGAUGGGAUGGGACAAUACACGGCCUCUGCCUGCAUGCAUUUAUCAUAAUCAAUCAAUCAAUCAAUCAAAAACUUUAUUAAUGUGUCAAAAAAUAUUUAGCUUACAAGCUAAUUGGGGACACAACGAAAAAAGUAUAUAAAGUUAAAUUAGAGCAUAAAAUAUGAAAUUACAGUAUAACUAUUAAAACAUAAAAAUUUCUAAAAAUCCUAUGUACAACUAAACUAAAGUCUACAGUCUAAAAGAGUUUCUAAGUCCAUUUUUCUUAUACAUUUCUUGAAUUGGGUUAUUGUUGUCACCUCCUUGAUAGCUCUCUUCAAUUUGCUCCACAGAUAUGGGCCAAAGUAUCUUACUGAAUGUUUUCCUUCUUUUACCGUACGAAAUUUCGGAAUUACAAAGUUGCUGUUUCUCAAUUCAUAGGGAGUUUCUUUUACUGCAAACAAAUCCUUUAAAAAGUGUGGGGUUAUGCCGUUUUUAACUUUAUACAUAAGUAUGGCAAUGUCCUGAAGUCGCCUAUUCUGGAGAGAUGGCAGGUUUGCUUUCAUAAGGAGUUGUGCAUAUGGCGUAGACUUAUCAUUAUAAACAACUCUAAGGGCUUUCUCUUGGAGUCUCUCUAUCUUUCUUUUAUCUGCUACUUUGCAGAAGUGCCAGACUGUACUGCAAUAUGUUAAGUGAGAGAGAAUGGCUGACUUGUAGAUUGUUAGUUUCGCAUUGGUAGGUAUUAUAUUACGAAAUCUAGAUAAGACACCUAUUCUCUGACUCACUCUCUUGCACAAAUUGCUGAUAUGAGUGCCAAAAGUUAGCUCAUCGUCAACCUCAACACCAA